UACCAACCCGUGCCUUCGUGGUUUUGUUUUGGCCUCAGUGGUGUCCUUGACAGCGUCCAAGAUUCAUGGACUUUCGGAAGAAGCUUCUUUUCGUAGCAUUGCUCAUUUUCGCUGUGAUCCAUGGAACUCAGGCAGAUGCUAUGGUAACCGGAACUGUGUUCUGUGACCAAUGCAAGGAUGGCCAAAGAUCGCUUUUCGAUUUUCCCGUUAAUGGUGCUAAAGUGACCAUGACCUGUGCUGAUAGCAAUGGGCAAGUCACUAUGUCAAGAGAAGAGACAACAAAUUGGUUUGGAAGCUAUACGAUGAGGCUUGAUGGAACACCGGACUUGAAUGGUUGUUCUGCUCGUGUGUCAGGCAGUGGUGAGGGAUCAAUGGGUUGUGGUGAAGCUUCUGGUCCACCCCAGAACCUUAGACUUAUGUUUAGGAUGUUUGACAUGGAAAUGUACACAGUGGAUCCUCUGCUAGCUCAGCCUGCCAAGCCAAUGCAACAAUGCGCAUCAUCUUCAAAUCCUGUGCCCGCACCGCCAACACAGCACAAGUCUCCUCCGCCUUUCCAGCUUCCUCCAGUUGCUGGACUUCCCCCCUUGCCACCUUUGCCUCCAUUGCCACCUCCGCCACCGCUUAUCUUUGCAGAAGCUUCAGCGUGUCCUUACCGGAAGUGGACAACGCCAGAAUACAAAUGCUAUUGGAGGGGGGUGAACCCAGAAACAAAAGUAGCAGUAGUUUUUGGAAUGGCUGCAGCCAGGAGAUAUGGGAAUGAUAUGACACUGUGGAAUGGUCUGCAUGGGAGAGGAGACCCUUACAGGACUUUGCUUAGAGAAGGAGUCACUGCACUUUUGAAUUCCUACAACAGCCUUCAGUUCUCUUACCAUCCACUUAGUGUGGUGCAGCACAUGAAUUGGGCCUUGAUGGGUUCAACUAGGACUGUCCUCCUCACUGCUCUACGCUUCAUGAGGGCCAAUUCUGGUGCUGGAAAUGUUACCUGCAAGUUCACCUCCUGCAAAUGAUUUAUGCUUUCCUUUUCUUGCAUAUUCCUACAUCUGAUUUAGAGAAAUCGCUAUAUAUGUGAUUUUCGGUUUAUUUUUAUCCUAUAUGCAGAUUCUACCUUGUGAGAUUAUUUAUACCUACAACACCUCAUAGUAAAGCAGAGUAUUUUCUCUAUUAUGACAUCUCCGCUGUUCUUUAUGAUAUACAUAAUACAAGUUGACAUUAUAUA